AUCUACCUACUGGGGCAGCCCACUUUAUGAAGUUAGCAUGGCCUUCCUAUUAAAACCAGAAAUGGAUAAAAAGAGAGGGGUAAGUAUGGUUAUAACUGUAGAUUCUGUAUUCUUCCUCUUUAAUCUACGUCUCAUAUUAACUAACGGAGGCCGGAAGCCGGAAGUCUUAGACACCAGCGAGAGCCGCUCCUUCCCCACGACUCUAUGGCUUUCCUCUUUACGUCUCAUAUUCACUAACACCAGAGGCUGGAGGCCGGAAAUCUUAGACACCAGCGAGAGCGGCUUCUUCCCGACGAUUCUAUGGCUUUCGGGUUACUUAAGCCACUGAGAACUCUAUGGUUCCGGGGCGGGCCGGGAGGUUUGAGUUUGAAGACAGGCGGGAAGAUGAUGACAGCACCUGUUGGCAGGCCAGGGGUUUCCCGAGUGGGAGGACGCUGGAACUGUGGCUUGCCCUGAUCCUCCGAGAAGGGUUUGCCAUGAAUCUUCUGCGUCGGAGUGGGAAACGGCGGCGUUCAGAGUCAGGCUCAGAUUCGUUGUCGGGAAGCGGCGGUGACAGCAGUGCCAGCCCCCAGCUCCUCUCCCGGACCGUGCUGAGCCCGCCGCCGGGCCUGGGUGGCAGCCUGAAAGACCGCGGCCGUCAGUCAGCCGCAAAUGCAGGAGAAUGCAAGCCUACCGCUCCCGACUGCCAAAUAGACAAGCUACUAUUGGCAAAUUGGGGACUCCCUAAAGCAGUUCUGGAAAAAUACCACAGUUUUGGUGUAAAAAAGAUGUUUGAAUGGCAGGCAGAGUGCCUUUUGCUCGGACAAGUCCUGGAAGGAAAGAAUUUAGUCUAUUCAGCUCCUACAAGUGCUGGGAAGACUCUUGUGGCAGAAUUACUUAUUUUGAAGCGGGUUUUGGAAAUGCGGAAGAAAGCUUUGUUUAUUCUUCCCUUUGUUUCUGUGGCUAAAGAGAAGAAAUAUUAUCUCCAGAGUCUGUUUCAGGAAGUGGGAAUAAAAGUAGAUGGUUAUAUGGGCAGCAUCUCUCCAGCAAGGCAUUUCUCUUCCUUGGAUGUUGCAGUCUGCACAAUUGAAAGAGCCAAUGGUCUGAUCAAUCGCCUCAUAGAGGAAAAUAAGAUGGAUCUGUUAGGAAUGGUUGUUGUGGAUGAAUUACAUAUGCUGGGAGACUCUCACCGAGGGUAUCUGCUGGAACUUUUGCUGACCAAGAUUUGCUAUAUUACUCGGAAAACAGCAUCUUCUCAGGCAGAUUUAGCCAGUUGUCUGCCUAAUGCUGUGCAAAUUGUUGGCAUGAGUGCUACCCUUCCUAAUUUGGAGCUUGUGGCUUCCUGGUUGAAUGCUGAACUCUACCAAACUGACUUUCGUCCGGUACCGCUUUUGGAGUCAGUAAAAGUUGGAAAUUCCAUAUAUGACUCUUCAAUGAAACUUGUGAGGGAAUUUGAACCCAUGCUACCAGUGAAGGGAGAUGAGGACCAUGUUGUUAGUUUAUGUUAUGAGACAAUUCGUGAUAACCAUUCAGUAUUACUUUUUUGUCCAUCAAAGAAAUGGUGUGAGAAGCUGGCAGAUAUUAUUGCUCGUGAGUUUUAUAAUCUGCAUCAUCAAGCUGAGGGAUUGGUGAAAUCCUCAGAAUUCCCACCAGUAAUUCCAGAACAAAAAGACCUCCUGGAAGUGAUGGAUCAGUUAAGACGUUUGCCUUCAGGACUGGACUCUGUAUUACAGAAAACUGUACCAUGGGGAGUAGCAUUUCAUCAUGCAGGUCUUACUUUUGAGGAGAGGGAUAUCAUUGAAGGAGCCUUUCGUCAAGGUCUCAUUCGGGUCUUGGCAGCAACUUCUACUCUUUCUUCUGGGGUGAAUUUACCUGCACGUCGUGUGAUUAUUCGAACUCCUAUUUUUGGUGGUCGACCUCUAGAUAUUCUUACUUAUAAGCAGAUGGUUGGUCGUGCUGGCAGGAAAGGAGUAGAUACCAUAGAACUAUAUUGGGAUUUUGCAAAUGCAUGUCUUUCGGUUAUAGGUGAGAGUAUCUUAAUUUGUAAGAACUCUGAGAAAUCAAAAGGCAUAGCUCUCCUUCAGGGAUCUCUAAAGCCUGUUUGCAGCUGUCUGCAAAGACGAGGAGAAGAAGUGACGGCCAGCAUGAUACGAGCUAUUCUGGAGAUAAUAGUUGGUGGAGUGGCAAGUACAUCACAAGAUAUGCAUACUUAUGCUGACUGUACAUUUUUGGCUGCAAGUAUGAAGGAAGGGAAGCAAGAAAUUCAGAGAAAUCAAGAGUCUGUUCAGGUUGGAGCAAUUGAGGCCUGUGUCAUGUGGCUGCUAGAAAAUGAAUUCAUCCAGAUUACAGAAGCCAGUGAUGGAACAGAAGGAAAGGUGUAUCAUCCAGCACAUCUUGGUUCGGCUACUCUUUCUUCUUCACUUUCUCCAGCUGAUACUUUAGAUAUUUUUGCUGACCUGCAAAGAGCAAUGAAGGGCUUUGUUUUAGAGAAUGAUCUUCAUAUUGUCUAUCUGGUAAGUUCUGUUGUCUUAACGAUUAUGUUUGUGAAAAUAGGGAGAAAAAAUAGAUAUAGAAUCCUGAACAUCAAAGAUACCCUAACAUCUUGUCUGUUUUCCUUGACUAGGUUAGUACUGGUGGGAAUAGAGAAGAAGGAAAGAAGACAAUUGUUUUAAAAUAACAAUCUAAAUGUUCUAGUUACCUUUAAUUUAUUUUCUACAACUUCCUUUCAAAAAGAUUUGAGUUGGUUCAUAAAAAUAUAUAUAUUUUACAAUAUAUAAAAGAACAGCAAAAGAGAAUGGGAUAUCAGAAAAUUAAAGAUAAGAUCAUGAUAUAAAACUCAAGCAAAGGUUGGGACACAAACAUGCAUGCCAUUAAGUCAUGUCCAGUGCUGGUGUCAACUUUGAUUCUGGGUUUUCUAGCAACUAAAACAAAGAGGGAAGCUUGAUUAGUCUUAAUAUUCGUAAAAUAAAAAAACGAAACAAGUUUAGGAAAAGCAUUGCAUUUUGCUGCAUAAGAAAUUUAGUCCUAUAAGGAUACUUUGCAACUUAACAUGGUUGGUAAAAAUCUCUAUAAUAAAUGCAAUAAGUAAUUU